AUGGACCUCCCAAUGCCCGCACCAACAGCCCAACCAGCCCCCCUAACAGCCUACAAAAUCCUCUCCUUCGACGUCUACGGCAGCUUAAUAGAAUACAAACAGCACAUCCUCGCCGCCUUCCAACCCCUCCUCUCCCGCCUGCCACCCGACUCCCCCUACCGCAACACAACACCCCUAUCACUCACCGUCCCGGACUCCGCGGACAAAGGCUCCAUCACCUUCCUCCGCCUGUUCCAGAAGCUGGAAGACGCGAUCAAACUGGAGAAGCCGGUGAAGCGGUUUGACGAGAUCAUGGCCGAGAUUUGGAGGCGGGUUGCGGCGGAGUUGGGCGUUGAGACGAGCGAGGAGGAAGCGAGGGGGUUUGGGAGCGAGGGGAUUAUUUCUUCUUGGCCUUGUUUUGACGGGACGGUGGAGGCGCUAAGGGUUCUGGAGAGGUAUUAUCGUCUUGUCGCGCUGUCGAAUAUCGAUCGCUUUGCGUGGGGGAUUACGAGUCGUUCCGCUGCGAGUGGGUUGGGGGAGGUGGAGUGGUGGAAAGUAUUUACGGCCGAGGAUUUCGGGGAGGACUCGAGCCGCGCGGACGAUGCGAAGCUGGAAACGCUGCUGGCGUUCUGCGAGCAGCAGGGUUUCGGCAAGGGCGAGGUGUUGCAUGUGGCGCAGAGUUUGGGGCACGACCACGCGCCGGCUAAGAGGGCGGGGUUGGGGAGUGUGUGGUUGAUUGGGGAUGGGCCGCGGUGGGGGAAGGAGGAGGAGAGUCGGAAGGUGUUGGAGGGGAAGGUGGUAGGGUAUGGAUGGAAGGCGAGGAAUCUGCGCGAGUUCGCGGCAGUGGUGGAGAGGGAGUGGGAGGCGAAGGUCUAG